AUGGCCGAUCAUAUUUGGAUAAUGACCGGUGAUAGUUGCUAAUUACCGGUCAAGGUGACCGGUCAACUUUUGUAGGUCAUUAAUUAGUGAUGAGAAGAGCUAUCCCAGCUCUAUGAAGAGCCAAUUAAGUGUAUAGCUAGUCUACAUAGCUAUGUGAUAUUAUAUGUUAGCUAUGUACAUCAUUUAGCACCAUCUAUUUAGUCUCUGUUCAUGUGUUGGCCUCUGAAUUUGUACUCUACAAUCUAUAGCACCGCCCAACUUUUACCUUAUUUGUCAGGCCUCAAUCAUGUCUGCAUGAGAGGGACAGCCCUGCAUGUUUAUCUAAGUCUUGUGAGAGGACCGUUUAGCUAUUGUUGUGUUACUAUGAAAUGCCAUAACAUCUCUCGUGAAUUAUGAUACAAUCAGUUAAGUGGUCAUGCUGUGUAAAGAUUUGCUAUGGUACAUGGAACAUGAGUACUUAAUGAUGUUAAUUAUGGUAUACUAACAUCUGUUGAAACUUCCGCGUUGCUUUUUGCCUUUCAAUUCAUUGUUAGAGCGUUAUGUCUCUGGACCCAGUUGCGCAGUUUCUUUACCCAAAUGAUGCUCCGGUGACCCAUAAGCCUGUGUGUGUGGGAGCUGAUGGCAAUUGCUUUUUUCGGGCUGUUGCAAUGUCCUUGACAGGAAAGGAAGAAAAUCACAAGCAACUCCGUCAGCAAGUUGCAGAACAGCUCUGCAACAAGCCACAGGCAAUUGCAGCUGCUUUGAUUGAAAAAGCUUCGUCUUGUCCAGGUGUGAAUCCUUCUUCACUCAUUGCCACGUUUCUUUCUGAUGAGAGUUACAGCGUGUUCAAAGCCGCAAAGGAAGUGGGAAAGGGCACUGAGGACAGUCUAGCUUUAGCUGUGGUGAAGGAGGGCAAUGAGACAAAGAAAUUUGGAAGUUGGUGUGGGAUGGUGCAAGUCUAUGGUGCAGCUGCAGCAAUUGGUUGUUCCAUCAACAUGCACUACCCUGAGGUUAACCAACGUAUCCGUCCCUUUAUGAAUACCAUUGUACAACCUUUGGAAUCUGCAACAAGUCAAAAUAAUGAUAUUCAUAUCAUGUGGUCUAGCACAACUCAGCCAGCAACUCUUAAGGGAAAUGUUCAACUCAAUCACUUUGUGCCUUUGCUACCCAGAUCAGCCACUAAUCUCAGUUACCAUGCCGAAAGUGACAUUCCUGCCUCUGAUUGCUGUGAUGAGUCUGAUUCUGACAAACUUGAAUCUACCUUUGGCUUCAGUGAUGAUGAGAAUGCCACUGCAGACAGCAAGCUUUAA